GGGAGCUGUAGUUCCUCCCCUCCGGGCUGGUCCGUAGGCGCCCGGCUCCUAGCCCGCCCGGACAUGGCGGCUCCCUUGGUGCUGGGGGUGCUGGUGGCGGUGACGUUGCGGGCCGUGCUCUACCGCUCCAGCCUGGCCGCCUUCAUCUCCGAUCGGGUCGAGGUAUCGUCCCCGUUAAGCGCCUGGAAGAGAGUGGUCGAAGGAUUAUCUUUGCUGGAUUUGGGAGUCUCUCCAUAUUCUGGAGAUAUUUUUCAUGAAACCCCAUUAAUAAUAUACCUCUUUCAUUUCCUGAUUGAAUAUGCUGAAUUGGUGUUCAUGAUAACUGAUAUACUCACUGCUGUUGCCCUCUACUUGGCCAUCCAGGACUUCAACAAAGUUGUGUUUAAAAAGCAGAAACUCCUAAUAGAACUUGAUAAAUAUGCGCCAGAUGUGGCUGAACUCAUCCGGACACCCAUAGAAAUGCACUACAUCCCCCUCAAGGUAGCACUGUUUUAUCUCUUAAAUCCGUACACAGUGAUGUCUUGUGUGGCAAAGUCCACUUGUGCCAUCAACAACACCAUUAUUGCAUUCUUCAUUUUGGCUACGAUGAAAGGUAGUGCCUUCCUCAGUGCUGUAUUUCUGGCCUUAGCAACAUACCAGUCACUGUAUCCUCUCACCUUGUUUGCACCAGCACUUAUAUAUCUUCUACAGCGUCAGUUCAUACCAGUGAAACUGAAAAGCAAAGGCUUCUGGAUCUACACCACGCAAUACGCAGCAUUGUAUCUGUGCAGUCUGGUGGUGAUAAUCUGCCUCUCAUUCUUCCUCCUCAGUUCCUGGGAUUUUAUCCCAUCUGUUUAUGGGUUCAUCCUUUCCGUUCCAGAUCUGACUCCCAAUAUUGGACUUUUCUGGUACUUCUUUGCGGAGAUGUUUGAGCAUUUCAGUCUAUUCUUCAUGUGCGUAUUUCAGAUCAAUGUCUUCUUCUACACCAUUCCCUUGGCAGUGAAGCUAAAGGAACACCCCGUCUUCUUCAUGUUUGUUCAGAUCGCCAUCAUUUCUAUCUUCAAAUCCUACCCCACUGUGGGAGACAUAGCACUGUACAUGGCUUUCCUUCCAGUCUGGGGCCACCUCUACAGAUUCCUCCGGAACAUCUUCAUCCUUUCCUGCAUGCUUAUCGUCUGCUCCCUUCUGUUCCCGGUUCUGUGGCAUCUCUGGAUUUAUGCAGGAAGUGCCAAUUCCAACUUUUAUUAUGCCAUCACGCUGACGUUCAAUGUAGGGCAGAUCCUGCUCAUCUCGGAUUAUUUCUACGCUUUCCUCCGGCGAGAAUACUACCUCACUCAUGGACUCUACCUGACAAGGAAAGACGGGACAGAGGCCAUGCUGGUUCUGAAAUAAUCACUGUGUUUGGCACUCCUUGGAAAAUGGACUCGAUUAAGAAGCACGCAAAGCUUGGGGUGACUGGGGUGGGGUGGGGAGGGUUCCUUCAAAGAGGUCUGAUUGUCAGGAUGUUACCUGUUGAAAGAAAGGGCUGAAACUCACAGCUCAUUCAUUGUGACAGUGAGUUCUGUGCAAAGACUGUAAGAGCUGGCUGAAAACCUGCUGCUAGGGCCACAAGGCCUCUACUGAAGCAUCUCCCUUCUUCCUUCAGCUGUGAUUUCUACUACUGCACCAGCCAUCAUGUCUGGACAAGCUAGCAGGAACUGGAGAAAGUGCUUGGGCUGAAAUCAGGGCUGCGUCUUGGGCCCAGAGAGAGCUGAGGCCAUAAUCUAUUUGAUUUAUCUUCAUCGUGUUGGAGGAAAACCAUUGGAGAUGUUUACUUCUUUCUAGAAAAAAACAACACUGGAAAACUCUUAGGCUACUCUUCUGCUCCUCCAUGGCUGUGCUACACACCCACUCCUGCUUGGCACACAGCAUGCUCUGGGGAUGUAAUGAUCAAGCCACCACUGUGGUUGAUAUGGACAUUCAUUUUCCUACUCUAUGCACCAUUUCUGGAUCUGGAUAACACAGGGGCUCUUGCAGAGUGGAGAGCACACAGGAAGUGUAUAAGUGAUCCUGGGUAAAAACCCAGCAGCUUCCCAGUGGCAGAGGAAGAGUGACAGCUCAAGCCAUUGGGGGUCAUGUACACAAAGUCACUAAGUCAGAACACAGUCCACCAGCAAGAGCUGGCAGCAGAGCCGGGCCGUCCUAUCUUGUGAAACCUACGGCUGCAGGGGGCCCCGCAGCCAAGAGGUCCCCCGAGUCCAGCCAUUCACCACCCACCCUCCAUGUUGUUUUCCCCUCCCUGCUGCCAGCCCCGGCUUCACAUCUGCCUGCUCGCCAUGCCCCCCAUGCUGCCACUGCCGGCAGAUUCACAUCUGGCCACUCACUACCCCACCCCCUAGCUGCCCAUGCCACUGCUGCCAGCUUCUUCUGUCUCUUGUCCCUCCCCCCCCCCCCCCCCCCCCCCCCCCCACACCAUGUCAGGGGGCCCCAAAACUAUUUCUUGCAGGGGGCCCAUAAAAUUGUGGGCUGGCCCUGGCUGGCACUGAAUUGAAACCACACCUAGCAGCAGGAGGGAGGGCAGGGGGAGUUGUGGUUUCCAUUUACUCUAAAGGAAAAUUGGAGACUUUUCUUUGGGAAGCUGGACAGCAGCAUUGUGGGGUGCAUCAGAAGAAGGGACACGGUGGAAAUACCAUCCACUAGGAGGUGCAGAGUGUGGCUGCAUGUGGAGUGCAGACCAUGAACUCGGCAUCUGAGUGUUCCGAGAAGCUCUUUCCCACUCUCCUCUCAUCCUCUCCAUGUGUUUGGUGUUUCAAGGUUGCAUUUGUGCUCAACCCCAGGGCUUUUGGUAGAAGGGCCAGAAAGCAGGAGAGUUUUCCCCUUGAAAAAUACCAACUGAAGCUGGAAGGAGCCUCUGGCUUUUUCUGGAGAGCUCAGGCUCCAAAUGGUCCACAGCAGUUAAGCAAUGAGAGACAUUUAUACCAAGUGUUAUCCCCUCUGCUAGAACAGCAUUACAACGUGGCUGUGCUCACAAGUGACUAUGCAAAAAUGGCAUCUCUUUGCUCCCCAGCCCUGCUCCCUUCAGUCAGAUCUGCUCGCUGUAAGGACCAAGAUAAGAUUUUGCUGCUGCUACUUGCAUGGCAAACCUGAUGCCACUGUGAGCAGCUGAGGCAGGUUUUUUCCUGGGGCUGGCACAUUGGCAAUAAGAAUGGUUAGCUGACUCCCAGGGUGAGAACCCUGCUUCCCAGGGGGAGUCUGGAAGGUUGGUAAUUAGAAGAAACCUUUUUAUAAACUUCAACUGAGCACAUUCAGUGCCCAAUGCCUAAGUCCAUAGCAUUCCUCUCCACACCCCAGGCCAUUUUUCCAGAGUCAGUGCAGGACACGGUGUCUUCUCUCUUCUACUGUAUGUACCAUUGAGCAGCUGUUCAAAUGGCUUUGCUUUCCUUUUAUUUUUUUUUAUUUUUUAAACAAAAGUUUCAAAUACUUGCCUUACUGCACUGCUGGGCUGGGGGGUGGGUUUGGCACAACACUCCUGCCUGGGGUCCUUGUGAUCAGACCUGCAUCCCAAGCUGGGAAUGUGAAGGGCACUUGGAACCUUGUCUCCCCUCAGCUGCCAUGUGUGUAUGGCACGUCCAAAUUAAUAAUAAACUUUGCGAGUUUUAAA